UUCUCAUUAGUUUGUGUUCUGACAUUUCUACCAAGAUGCAGUGGUUGGAGAUGCUGGCCCUUUAACGGGGGAGCAAGGCAGGGGCUGGGAAUCUUAAAGCCCGGGCAGCGAGCCUGCCUGGCCCAGGCUGCCAUGGCCACGCUGGGCAGAAAGGACAGCCACGGUGCUGGGGUUUACCUUCCAGAGGCUAACAAUGCUCUCUCGCCAGAGGAAACAGCCUUGGAGCAAGUCUGCCAGCCCGAAAAGAUAAAAUGCCUCCAGGGUAAUAUCACCAAGUGGUCUGUGGUAUCUGAUAAAAGUCCCAGGAGUUCAGCGGCUUGGGGAUGUGGUUCAGUGGAUAGACAUGGGUUUGAGUCGAACUGCUGCUCCCGCUUAGACCAAGGCUCAGGCAAGCCCCAUGUCCCCUUGGCUCUGGAGGAAGGGCUGGUGUCUGCCUCUCAAUUGGAGGAAGAGGAACUGGAUCCAGAUUUAGCACCAGACAUGGAGGAGGAGGAAGCGGAGGAGGAGGAGGAGGAGAAUGAUCUGGGGGAUCCAGCUGUCCAGAGCGCUGUCCACAACAGCCAGACCCCGGACCACCUGGCUCCCCUUCCGUUCCGACCCUCCCUCCCCAGUGCCGGCUCUGCAGCCCGCCACUUUGGACCUCAACUACCUGCGCCAGACCCAUCGCUCCUCUGCAGCCCGCCCACCUCGUGGCCCCUGAGGCUCAGUCAUCUGACCCAGCUCCACCCUCAGCACCAGCGGAUCUUGAAGCAGCAGCAACAGCAGGGUCGACCACGAAGUCCCCCAGCCAAGAAGUGGUCUCAGCAGCCAGACUCCUAUGCUAACCUCAUGACACAGAAGGAGAAGGACUGGGUGGUAAAAGUGCAGAUGGUUCAGCUGCAGAGUGAAAACCCCCGCCUCGAUGACUAUUACUACCAGGAAUAUUAUCAGAAACUAGAGAAGAAGCAGGCAGAUGAAGAGCUGCUUGGGCAAAAAAGCAGAUUUGAGUCUCUCAAGCUGGUCACACCUUACAUUCAGAAGGCGGAGGCUUAUGAAUCAGUGGUUCGAAUCGAGGGUUCCCUGGGCCAGGUAGCUGUAUCGACGUGUUUUACCCCUCGCCGAGCUAUCGAUGCUGUGCCACACGGAACUCAAGAGCAGGAGACAGCAGCUGCAAGCAGUCAGAGGCUGUGGGUGCUGUACCGGAUUGAGAAGAUGUUCCUUCAGCUGCUGGAGAUAGAGGAUGGCCAGCAGGAUGCGCCUGCGCAGCCCCGUGACUCUGAGCAGCAGAGCAGCAGGGUUGAGAAGCUCUUCCAGGCCUUAAAGGCCCAGGGGCAGAAUAAUCUGGAGGCUGCGGAUGAGGGCUUCCUGCAGGCGCUGUCCGUGGGGAAGGGGAAAGCCCUGGUGGCCCGGCUCCUCCCCUUCCUGCCCCGGGAUCGAGCCGUCAGCUUGCUGCUGGCCAUCACCCGCCACCUGCCCUUCCUGGUCAAGAGGGACAUGGCCGAUCAGGCCCUGCAAAUGUUGUUUCAACCUCUGAGCAAAUGUAUCAGGCACUUGACCUUCAGUGAACUCCUCCAAGGACUUCAGGGACUCAUGCGGCUACCACCUGGCUCCUCUGAGCGGCCAAUCACCAUGGUGCUUCAGAAUCAGUUUGGCAUAUCUUUGCUCUAUGCACUGCUAAGUCAUGGGGAGCAGCUGGUAUCACUGAAUUCUUCCCUCAAGGAGCCCAGCAGUGACCAUUCGGCUUGGACAGACAUGGUGAUUCUCACUGCCUGGGAGAUUGCUCAGAUGCCUACAGCCUCACUGGCAGAACCCCUGGCCUUCCCCAGCAACCUUCUUCCCCUGUUCUGUCACCACGUGGACAAACAAUUGGUACAGAAGCUGGAGGCUAGGAUGGAGUAUGUGACCGUGGAAAUAAGAUCAUAGCCCCGGGUUGAAGCCCAGACUAGGCUCUACCACUUCUCUACUAUGUUUAAACCAAGAUUAUGGAGGAUAAUUUGCUUUUCGAAGUAUUUCUAGACGUGGGUACUUACUGAGUAACCAGUCUGCUCCAAGUUAGGGUUGUAUGGCCUGUUUCUUCAGCCAAACCUUUCCAUUUUUUCCCUAGGAACUUUGAUUAUUUAUCACACUAAGAUAUUUGAGAGUAAGAAUUAGUUUGAGAAGUUGAACUAUUCAUUCAAAAAGUAUUUGAGGGACAACUCAAAUGUAAACAAGAUGUAAACGCACAAAGAACAAGUAAGUCAUCUUUCCUCAGAACUUUGCAUCUGCUGGACAGAGUUACUAAUCACAUCAUACAAUAAAGGGAAGUUAUUUGGAGUUGAUCCCUCUUUUAGUAGGUUUGUUUUGAUCUACUGAUCAGGUUGUUCCAGAAUGCCUAUAUAUGGGGAAAGUUAAGUGAUCAGACGCUAGCUGUGUAUAGGUUUUGCCCACAGGGAUCCAGAGAGUCUGAAGACAGUUGUACGCCUUGAUAUAUCAGCAGACCUUGCCCAAAACUUUUACUCAUGCUUCAGAAAACUGAACUAUGUGCCUAAAAAGGCAGAGCAAAAUGAGGUAUAAUUUAAAAGAUAACAGAAUGUAGUGCUUCAGCUUGUUUGUAAGUUAAGAGGUAUAAUCAAAGUCACUUUCUUUUGUGUGAAGCUUCACAAGUGUCCUUAAUGUGAGGGACAAGUCCUUGUUGUGUUGAACAAUAGAUUGACUUUGAAAACUG